CCUUCUCCUCACGGUUCUCAAAUCUCAAUCUCAAUUUAUAUAACCGAAGCUCUCUUUCUCUCUCGAGCGUAACCAGAUAGAAUGGUUGCUGGGGAUAGAGAGGAUGAGCGUGGAGCCAACCUGAUCUUCACGUACGGGACGCUGAAGCGGGGGUUCUCCAACCACGCGCUGAUGCAGGAGCUGAUGCGAACCGGAGACGCGGCCCUGGUGGGCACCUACCGCACCGCAGGGAAGUUCCCGCUCGUCUGCGGGCCCUACCGGGUCCCCUUCCUCCUCAAUCUCCCCGGGUGCGGCCAGCGCGUGCGCGGCGAGCUCUACGCUGUGUCGUUUAAGGGACUUGCCAGAAUGGACGAGUUGGAGGGCACCGCGCGCGGCCACUACGAGAGGCUCCCCAUUCAGCUAGAGCCACAGCCGCAUGAUAUUCAGGUUGAUGUUGAUGGAGACGGUGGUGAUGGUUGUGACGAUGAUUUUGUGAAUGUUACGCGCGCGGAGGCGUACUACGCGCACAGUAGCUACGCGAUGGAGCUGUGGAGGAAGAAUGGGAAGAAGGGGCUGAGCGCGUAUACGGAGAGAGAGACCAGAGGUUACGUGAAGCGCAAAGACAGGCCUCAACACCUCUCUUUCCUCGACCACAUUCGACUCUUUCUCUCUGAUUGAGCGACAAGAAGAACAACGCCAAAUAAAAUUUCUUUUAGAUUUUGUGUUUGUUAUUCCACUAGAAUGUUCCCAGAAAACGAAGUAUGCAAUUGCGUAAUCCACCGGUUGGAUUUGUUGAAUUUGAGAUGUUAAAUUAGUACUGC